ACCCCAAAGGCCAAAACCCCCCAUGGGGGGCUUUCUUAGCUUCCCCCCUUCCUCUCUGCAACUUUAACUUUUCACCGCCCCCCAAAACUAUUAGUAUUCUAUUCACACCAAAAGGAGGUUAAAGAGUACUACAGCAUCAUAAGUGUGCGUAUGUCUGCGAUCAGAGAAAGGCCACAAGGUUACUCACUCUCUUUGGUUAUGUUUUCCUCUUAAUUAUUCCACAUCUAAAAACUCCCCUUCGUGUGUGUUAGAGAGAGAGAGAGAGAGAGAGAGAGAGAGAGAGAGAGAGAGAGAGAGGAGGAGAGAGAGAGAUCCAAUCCUUUAUGCUGUAUUCAUGAUCAUCUUCUAUAAUUAACUAAGACUGGAAUAUCACAAUAAGAGAUCGACUUAAUCGACGCAAAUUAAGCACAAUAUGUUUGAAAAGAUGGAAGAAGCAGCAAUCUCAAAUGGUUUCAUCCAAAACCCAGUAGGUGGAUCCAAUCCACCCAUCACAAAGAAGAAAAGAAACCUUCCGGGAACCCCAGAUCCUGACGCUGAAGUCAUAGCCUUGUCACCGAAGACUCUCAUGGCUACCAACAGAUUCUUGUGUGAGAUAUGUGGGAAGGGUUUCCAAAGGGAUCAAAAUCUCCAACUGCAUCGGCGAGGACAUAACCUUCCAUGGAAGCUCAAGCAGAGGAGCAGCAAGGAGCCGAGGAAGCGCGUUUACGUGUGCCCUGAAAAGACCUGUGUUCACAAUCACCCAUCGAGGGCUCUCGGAGACCUGACCGGCAUAAAGAAGCAUUUCUGCCGGAAGCACGGGGAGAAGAAGUGGAAGUGCGAGAAAUGCUCAAAACGCUACGCUGUGCAGUCAGACUGGAAAGCACACUCCAAAACUUGUGGCACUAGGGAGUACAAAUGUGACUGUGGGACUAUAUUUUCAAGGAGAGACAGCUUCAUCACUCACAGGGCCUUCUGCGAAGCCUUGGCAGAAGAAACGGCAAGAAUCAAUGCAGCAAAUUACAUAAACAAUGCAACUUCUGUCAAAAAUAUCAAUCAUCAUUUCAUGAUCGGGUCCUCACUGGGGCCUAACAUGGCUCAAGACUUGCCUAUUUUCAAUCCAAUCUCAAGCAUUACUGAUGAAACAAUAGAACAAUCCAAACGACCAGGAUUUUCUUUGCAGAUGGGAGAAGAACCACUGCUGGGUCAUGAAUCAAUGGGCAGCAAUAAUCUCCAAGAAAUUCACCAACUCGUGUCUGUGAGUUCAGGAGUGAUGUUUACAGAUCCCCUCAUCAUGUGUUCAAAUCCCCUGCCGCCUAAUUAUCAGCUAAACUGGGAUUUUGGAAGUAAGCUAUCUUCAAAUAAUGCUGAGGAACUAACAAGCAGCACUUCACUUCCAUUAAGCAACAACGUUAAGGAAAAUGGCACUGAAGAUCAGCUUGUGAGUGUUCCUUCCUUGUACAGCACUCACCAUCAGUCCCAUCAAACACAUUCCGCUAAUAUCUCGGCAACAGCUUUGCUGCAGAAAGCUGCAGAGAUAGGUGCAGCUUCAAGUGACCCAUCCUUUCUUGGAAGUUUUGGCAUCAAGUGCAAUAACAUGAACUAUGUCCAGGAUGGAAACAAGUUUUAUGGAUUAAUGUAUGGUUCAAACCCAAUGGAUCACUGUAGCAGCAUUAGAAGUGAUGUCGAAAACUCGACAAAUGAUCUUUCCACCUUGAACCAUUUGCAGAUGUGCCCUGCGAAACGCCAAAAGACACAGAGUGAAGAGAGUGGAGUGGGGCAAACCAGAGAUUUCUUAGGCGUUGGUUCAAGGACAAUCUGCCAUCCAUCAUCAAUCAAUGGAUGGAUUUAGUCUUAUGGGUAUUUCUUGCACUGCAUAGUACUUUCACAAUGGGAAGCAAACUUUGAAAAUAAAGUGGAAGUGGAUGAGAGAGAGAGAGAGAGAGAGAGAGAGGGAGGGAGGAGAUUGAUUUUAGUAUUGGGAAACUUUGUAAGGGGGAAAAGGUGGCUUUGAGUGGUUGAUGAGAGCAAAAAGUUGGGCUUAAGAGAACUAUUUCAGCUGAAGAGUGAGAUCCAUGCAUAUUCUCUUGAACCCUGAGAGCUUUUCCCUUUACGAAUGGAGUCUUUAUUUUUGAUAAAGGGGUAGGAGUAGUGGGGGCAAAGCAAAUGCACCUUUUGAACUCCAUUAUUGCGCAUCGUUCAUCUCUACUGUGCUUGCAUUAUUUUUCAAACUGGACUCAAAAGACAAUUAAUUUCAGUGGCAAAAAGCUUGAUUUUAUAAAAAAUUAUUUUAUUAGCUUA